AUCCGAUUUUUUUUCGGGCCUAGAAUGUAUCUUCAACUUCACCCGUGGGCCCACUAGUGAGUGAACUGAAUUGUGUAAAAUUCUGGAAAACAAUUUCUUUGCUGGUGGUCGGUCUCUCGUCAAAACAACAAAACAAGCAUUCUAUCUAUCCUGGAGGAUUUCAAACAGAUGCCAGCAAGCCCUUAGAUUUAUAUUUUAUUUCAGACAAGCAUUGCACUGUAUUUAUACAUGUUCUAAUGUCCAUAUUGCGUUUAUGAGAGUACUUGGGUUCUGUCUUUCUCCAAACAAAUUAUUCAACAGCGAUGACGUGACCAUCAAAGUUUCUCCCGUUCUCCAUGAGAAAAUGACGAGCAAAGUAGCAGCUUCUGCAUUUCUCUCUCGCAGUUACGAACUGAGUGAUCAUCUUCAACAAUCAUGCAUUCGGAUUCUCUCCUUUGGCAAAUCGACUACAUCUCGCAUUGGUUCACACAUCCACUGCCCCGUAAUCAAGCUGAGUCUUCUAGAUAAUCUCAACUUAUGUAACAAUCUUUUGGGUCUUUACUUGAAAACAGAUGAGAUAUUGAACGCCCGUAAAUUGUUCGAUGAAAUGCCGCAGAGAACUGUUUUUGCCUGGACUGUUAUGAUCUCUUCUUAUACCAAAGGCCAAGAGCUUGCGUCCGCGCUUUCUUUGUUCGAAGAAAUGUUGGCUUCGGGAACAGUUCCGAACGAGUUCACGUUUUCAUCAGUGUUAAGAUCUUGUGCUGGUUUAAGAGACCUUAACUACGGAGCUAAAGUUCAUGGUUCUGUUAUAAAGACUGGGUUUUUGGGAAACUCGGUUAUAGGAAGCAGCUUGACUGAUAUGUAUUCAAAGUGUGGGAAACUUGAGGAAGCUCGUGAACUGUUUAGUUCUUGUAAGAACGGUGCUGAUACCAUCUCGUGGACCAUGAUGAUAUCUUCUUUAGUUGAAGCUCGUAAAUGGAAAGAGGCGUUGGAGUUUUACUCUGAGAUGGUUGAAGCUGGUGUUCCUCCUAACGAGUUCACCUUCGUUAAGCUUUUAGGUGCCUCUUCUUUUCUCGGUUUGGAGUUUGGUAAAGUGAUUCACAGCAGCGUAAUCGUUCAUGGAGUUCUGCUGAAUGUGGUAUUGAAGACAUCUCUUGUUGAGUUCUACUCGAGGUUUGCUGAAAUGGAUGAUUCUGUAAGGGUGUUGAAUUCGAUUGGAGAACAGGAUGUGUUUCUUUGGACGUCUGUGGUAUCAGGGUUUGCAAGAAACUUGAGAGCCAAGGAAGCUGUUGGUACGUUUCUUCAGAUGCGAGGUUUGGGUUUGCAACCGGAUAAUUUCACGUACACUGCAAUGUUGAGCUUAUGCUCCUCUGUCCAGUCGUUUGAUUUAGGGAAGCAGAUUCAUUCACUGACGAUUAAGGUCGGAUUGGAGGACAACACUGAUGUCGGAAAUGCACUUUUAGAUAUGUAUAUGAAAUGCUCGGCAUCAGAAGUAGAAGCUUUGAGAGUUUUCAGAGCAAUGAUCUCACCAAACGUCGUCUCUUGGACAACGUUACUCUUAGGUCUUGUUGAUCACGGGUUUGAACAAGAUUGCUUUGGAGUGUUGAUGGAGAUGGUAAGACUUGGAAUAGAGCCCAAUGUUGUCACUCUAUCUGGUGUUCUCCGAGCCUGCACCAAACUGAAAUCAGUAAGGAGAGUACUAGAGAUUCAUGGAUAUCUACAACGACGACACGUAGAUGGUGAAAUCAUCGUAGGGAAUUCACUCGUCGAUGCAUACGCCAGCUCGGAUAAGGUAGCUGAUGCCUGGAACGUGGCUAAGUCAAUGGGCAAGAGAGAUACUAUAACGUACACGAGCUUGGUUACGAGGUUUAACGAGUUGGCCAAGCAUGAAAUGGCACUAAGUGUCAUCAACCAUAUGCAUGGUGAUGGAAUCAGACCGGAUCAGUUCAGCUUACCAGGGUUUAUCUCAGCUUCAGCCAACCUGGGAGCUCUUGAAACUGGGAAACAUCUUCAUUGCUACUCCGUGAAAUCAGGCUAUUCUUCUAGCUCGGUUUCGGUUUCAAAUAGUUUGAUUGAUAUGUACGCUAAAUGUGGUAGUUUGGAAGAUGCAAAGAAAGUUUUUGAAGAGAUAGCUACGCCUGAUGCUGUUUCUUGGAACGGGUUGGUAUCAGGUUUGGCAUCAAACGGCUGUAUUUCCUCUGCUCUAUCUGCCUUUGAGGAGAUGAGGAUGAAAGGAACCGAGCCUGAUUCAGUAACAUUCCUGAUAUUGCUCUCGGCUUGUAGUAGUGGAAGAUUGACCGAGAUGGGUCUCGAGUAUUUUCGAUCAAUGGAAGAGACUCAUAACAUUAAGCCACAGAUAGAGCACUAUGUUCAUCUAGUUGAUAUCUUAGGCCGUGCGGGACGACUAGAGGAAGCAACAGGAGUUUUAGAGACGAUGCCGUUGAGACCAAAUGCUCUGAUCUUCAAAACAUUGUUGAGAGCUUGUAGAUACCAUGGGAAUUUAUCUUUAGGAGAAGAUAUGGCUAACAAAGGCUUAGCACUUGCACCAUCUGAUCCAGCCUUCUACAUUCUUUUGGCAGACUUAUACGAAGAAUCUGGGAAACAAGAGUUGGCCCAAAAGACUCGAAGUUUGAUGAGCCAGAAAGGUUUGAGUAAGAAGCUAGGGAAGAGCUCUGUGGAGGUUCAAGGAAAAGUUCACAGAUUUUUCGGUGAGGAUGUUACUACAGUUGAGAAAACGAAGGGGAUUUACGCAGAGAUAGAAUGGAUAAAGAGUGAGAUCGAAAGGUCAGGCUUUACGUACCGAGGUAAUGAAAAUGCAAGCUAUCACAGUGCGAAGCAAGCCGCUGUGUUUGGUCUUGUGUACACAUCAGCACAAACUCCAGUUCAUGUUGUUAAGAACAAGAUCCUGUGUAAGGACUGCCAUGACUUUGUUUCUCUCAUCACCCGGUUAGUCGAUAAGAAUAUAACUGUAAGAGAUGGGAAUCGAGUACAUGUCUUUAAGAAUGGUAAAUGUUCUUGCAAAGCCGAAGAAACAUCAUUUGUAUUAUCAUAGACUUUUGAGAAGACAUUUAUGAAAAGGGUAAUGAUAUUGUCAUCGUUUCCAAAAUUA